AUGUCGGACGAGAUGCAGCCUACCGUCACCAGCCCCAUAUCUCUUGAGCGUCGCAACAGUCUCGAAAAGGCCAUCCAAAGCCGACCUGAAGCUCAAGAGCUGAAGGAAAAGCACAUCCUUCUCUCCACCAAUGCUGCGCCAGCUCUGCAAGCUCACCAGCAAGAGCUACAACGCCAAAAACUCACCGACAGCCUGAACAAAGCCAUCGCUACACGACCGGUAAAGGACGAGUUGAUUGAACGCAACAUCCUGCCCGAUUCUACCGCUGCUCCUUCUCUGCAGAAUCAUCAGCGUGAGCUUGCUGCUGCUAUGCGGAGGGAUUCUAUCGAGAAGCAUUUGCAGACUCGACCUUCGCCUGCUGAGCUCAUCAAGGGAGGGAUACUUGAAGCAAAUGAGAAUCCCUUGGAUGGAGCUUGA